AGGCAUCUGGGUUCAGGCAAACUUUGGCGUGUCAAGCCCUAGCCAUGGCAAGUAUGGCGAGACGAGUGCUUUUGCUGAGCCUUUGGGUGGCGCAAGCUUCCCACUGGUGGGAGACUGAAGUGAUGUAUCAGAUCUAUCCACGCUCCUUUCAAGACUCGAACGGAGACGGUACGGGCGACUUGAAGGGCAUCAAAUCGAGGCUUCCUUACUUGAAGGACUUGGGCGUCGGCUUUGUCUGGAUCUCCCCUGUGAUGAAGAGCCCCAUGCGGGACUUCGGCUACGACAUCAGCGACUUCCACGACAUUGAUGCCCUUUUCGGCUCGCUCCAGGACUUCAAGGACUUGGUGGCAGCAGCGGAUAAAAUGGGCAUCAAAGUGUUGAUGGACUUCGUGCCGAAUCAUAGCUCCAACGAGUCCAAGUGGUUCUUGGAGUCCAAAUCGUCCAAGACGAACCCCAAGCGGAACUGGUACGUUUGGCAUCCAGGUGUUGAGGUCAAUGGCACUCGCCAACCGCCCAACAACUGGGCAUCCAACUUUGGUGGCGGUGCAGGAUCUGCUUGGACCUGGGAUUCCAGCACCGAGGAGUAUUACUACCAUGCUUUUGGCGAGUUUCAGCCCGACCUGAACUACCGAAAUCCUGAAGUGGUGGAGGCGAUGCAGGAGGUGCUCCGCUUUUGGCUUCGCUUGGGAGCCGGAGGCUUCCGCAUCGACGCAGUGCCCUUCCUGCUGGAGGACAUGCAGCUGCGGGACGAGGCGCUGAAUGAGAGCUGUGCCAAGACUCAGAUGGCCUGGAACUGCAUGGUGCACAACUACACCAACAACAAUCCGCAGAACCAUGAGAUCAUCCAGGGCUGGCGCAAAACGGUGGACGAGUUCGAGGGCCGCGUGAUGUUUGGCGAGAUCUACGCGCCCUUGAAGGACCUCAUGCAGUACUAUGGUACACCCGAGAAGCCCGAGUUCAAUGUGCCCUUCAACUUCGAGGUGCUGGGUGCAGACUUCGGCGAGCCCAAUGACCUCCGGCAAGCGCCCAUCGUGCGCCGGGCCGUGCGCGCAUACGCCGCUGCCCUGCCGGACUGGUGUCAUGGCAACUGGGUCUUGGGGAAUCACGACAACCACCGUUUGAUGCAACGCUUGCAUAACGACACCCGGCUGGCGACCACUGUCUACAACUUCUUUAACCUCUUGCCUGGCACUCCUGUCGUCUACCAAGGGGAUGAGAUUGCCAUGAGGGACGAGUUCAUUCCGUACGCCCUCUGCCGGGACCCCAUGUGCUUGAAGAACCCUGAGACCUUCACCGUCUCGGGGCGCGACCCCGAGCGGACGCCAAUGCAGUGGAGCCCAGGCCCUCAGGCCGGCUUUUCGAGCAAUGCCAGUACCUGGCUUCCGGUGAAUUCGGACUAUGUCACUGUGAACGUGGAGACCGAGAAGGCCCAGAAGACUUCGCCCUGGUCGGUGAUGAGGAGUGUCCUCCAGUGGCGGAAGAACCACUCGGAAUUGGCCACUGGGAAAAUUACCGAAGUUCCAGGAGACUUCCAGGGGCCAGCGUUGCAGAAGGACUUGGUCUUGGUGAAGUUCACCAUGGGCGACAUGGCUGCUGCUACCGUGGGCAACUGGAACUCGGCCUAUAGCUUGGCAAUGGACCUUCCUUCAUUGGUGAAGGCCUCUGGCGGAAGUGUCCAGAUUCUCUUCUCCACCGACCCGGAUCGAACCAAAGAGGUGGCAACGCCCUUCGUCCUGCUUGCCGGGGAAGUGGUGGUGAUCACGUUUAAGGAGGAAAUCCUGAUCCAAGCCUGAAGCUGUCAGGGCCCGGCAGCCCAGCGACAAAAGCACAAAACACCUUGGAACAUGGACACCCCGGGGAGAUUUGCGUUUGCAACUUGUGUCAUGCAGAAAUACACCAAUCGGAUAUUUGUUCCCUUUACUUUUGCCGGAUGAACGUGCCCAAAAGUCUCACGCGGAGCAUAUAUAGAUCAUGACACUCAGUGGCUCCACCGCUUCCGCGGUUUUGGAGAAAGAACCCAGCUUUGGGGAUGGGAUUGGUUCAUGGGCCCUUUGAAGAGAGAUUCAAGUCUAUUUUAGACAACGUUCACCUAGUAGAUCGCUUGCUUCCGUAUGGCAGUCCAAGAAGUCUUUUGCUCCGCAUGGCUCCACAUCCGCACGUGGCACCGAGGCUAAGGCAUGGAGAAGUGAAGAUGUAGUGGAUCUUUAGGCCGCACCGCAUCUGGGCUUUAGGCCAAGCUUCGGUGUCCCAUUCGACUGGCCGAACCGGGGCCCCGUUGGAUGGGCCGAACCGCCACUUCGAGGGAAGUGGCCGAACCCGACAUUUGAAGCUUCGCUUUGGCCUGAUGGAGCUGGGAUGAAGCAGGACAAGUUUUUGGCCUGACAUGGG